AUGUCCCCGCCGAGGUCCGGCGCCGCGAGUAGUCGCUGCGCCUCCUGCCGGCCGCGGCUGCUGCGGCAGAGCCCCCCCAUCCGCAUCCCGCACCGCACCCCGGCAUGGGGCCGGGUCCCUCAGAGGCGCCCCGGUUCCCACGAACACCCAUCGAGAAGGCCUGACUCUCGCUGCCAAGCGCAGUCUGGGCGCUGGCCUGGGACGUGGCUGUGGCAAAGGUUUGCGGCUCCCCAGCGCCAGAUCCAGAGGGAUCUGUUGGGAAGUGAGAGUGGGGGCCUCGGCCACCAACAGACCUCUACAGGGAGCCGCCAGCCUGUGAUGGCCAUGAGGCCUACGAUGGGGGGCUGGGGCCGCCCGCUGCUGGCUAUGGCUGCUGCUCUGACACUGCCCAUGAAGCUGCCUGGACUCAGGCCAUCCACCCCCACAGGCUCCUGGGGAACCUGGAUCAUUGGGGGCCAAGAGGUGGCCCCCAAUUCCCGGCCCUACAUGGCCUCUGUGCAAUUCAGUGGCCAGCACCACUGUGGGGGCUUCCUGCUCCACGAACGCUGGGUAGUCUCGGUCGCCCACUGCUUCAGCCACAGAGACUCCCGCAGUGGCCUGGUGGUGCUGGGGGCCCACACCCUGGGCAUCACAGAGCCCACGCAGCAGGUGUUUGGCAUCACAGCUGUUGUCAGGCACCCCGACUACCAGCCCACGACCCACGCCAAUGACAUCUGUCUGCUUCAGCUGAACAGCUCUGCUGUCCUGGGCCCUCAUGUGGGAGUGCUGAAGCUGCCAAAGAGAGGUGCCAGGCCACCCAAGCCUGGGUCGCGGUGCUGGGUGGCUGGAUGGGGCUUCGUGUCGAAUUUUGAGGAGCAGCCGCCUGGGCUGAUGGAGGCUGAGGUCCGAGUGCUGGGCCUGGAUGUCUGUAACAGCUCCUGGAAGGGCCAGCUGAGACCUGCCAUGCUCUGCACCCACAGUGGAGACCGCCAGAGGCGGGGCUUCUGCUCAGUAAGAUCCUUUCUGGCCCCACUCACUUAUAUGAGUACACCAAGGCUCACAGAGGGAGGAGACUCAGGCAGAGCCUUGGGAGCUGAAUCCCAAGGUAGAGGAGCUGAAGCCCAAGAAGGGCAAGGAGUUUAUCACACAGAGGUACCGCAUUAAGCUGUGCAGGUCCAAGUUGGGCACUACACAAAGUGCCACAGACUCAUAUAUUUAUACAAGCAGUGGUCAGUAGAGGGCAUAACAGAUCUAAAGGAAGCAGCUAUUUCACCCAAGACCCCGUUGGUUGAAUGAACUGGGCCCUGGUGCUGAAGGAGACACUCAGCCUGCAGUGCCUUUUGUUUUAGUCAAGAGAGUGACAUGGGGCUGGGUGUGGUGGUUCAUGCCUGUAAUCCUAGUACUCUGGGAGGCCAAGGUAGGAGAUCCUUUGAGCUCAGGAAUUUGAGAUCAGCCUGAGCAAAAGCAAGAUACCAUUUCUACUAAAAAUAGAAAAACUAGCUGGGCGUUGUGGUGGGCAGCUCUAGUCCCAGCUACUUGGGAGGAUGAGGCAGGAGGAUUGCUUGAGCCCAAGAGUUUGAGGUUGCUGUGAGGUACAAUGAUGCCACAGCACUCUACU